ACCCCUCUUCUCCGUCUGGAGCUGGAGGAGGUUAAAAAAAAGUUUGGGAAAGAAUCCCAAGAAUUUGUUUCCUGUGAAAUUUGGCCAAAGGAGCAGGACAAGCUGGGAAGUCGCAGCAAGGUCCAUAGCGAUGGAGUUGCACACAGAUACUCUUUUCCUGACGGAGCUGGAUCCAGCGAUUGCGGGAACAGAGGAUGUUUGAGUCCGCGUAGUUUUAGGGGGAUAAAUCCGUUUUUCGUCCCCUCCAGCGCGCAAGAAUAGGAUACGGGGUUUGCAGCCAUGGCUGAACCUUUACUUAAAAGGACCUUCUCUCGGCUCCGGGGAAAGGAGAAAUAUCGUAGGAAAACAGACCCAAAACUAGGGGAAAUCCAUGGGAAAGUGGACUUCUUACAAAGCUCUUCAUCAUCGUUGUCGUCGUCAUCAUCGGCAGUACAGGCAGAGCCUCCACAGGCUGUUCCCGUGGAGGACACCAGCAGGCGAGGCACUCAGAUCACCGUGGCCAAAAAACAGAACUGGGCCAAGCUUUCUUCCUCUUCCUCCUCCUCCUCCUCCCGGGACCCGCCCAGCACAGAGGGUCCCCACGGCCUUGGCUCCCGGGCUCACACCUGGGACAGCUGCUCAGGAAAAGCCCAGGUUUCAAAACAGGCCUGGAGCCAGAAGACUGCUGGUGAGGAGGGCCCGGAAAGCAGGCGGAAGGAUUUUGAGAGGGACCCCGGUGUCACUGCCAUCCCAUACGAGGUCCCCGGUACGGCUUUGCCAGAGCUGACUCACCCAGCCGCGGGCUACGGCGAAAUCUGUGCCUCCUCGAGCGGAGAAAAGCUUUCCGGGCAAGGGGCCUACCUGCAGACCCUGGACAGGAGCAGCCGGGCCUGGGUUCUCUCCACAGGAAAGUCCCAGGCUGCCGAAGAGGCCUCUCGAUCGCUUCCCAACUGCCUCGCGGAGUGGAGGCCGGGAGGUGCGGACAGGGAGAGCAACAUUUGGUAUAACCCCAUCCCGGAAGAGGAGGACCCGCCGCGGGGCGGAGGGGGCAGGGGGGACUACGGGAACCCCUGGAGGAAGAGGGAGGCGGACGGGUCGCCCGAGAACAGGCGGGACCCCCAGAGCAGGACGCAGAGAUGGGCGGGGUUACUGGGGAGCUCUGGGUCUCGGCUGGAGCGGCACGGCAGCAACGCUGCCCAGUGCAUGCUGGGAGCACCCGGUACAGGAAGUGACGCCAAAGAGUUUGCGGUGGAGUCCAGCGCCACAGCCUGCAAGGAGAGCCCAGAUUUACCCCAGCAGGCUGUCCAGGUGGAGUCCCAGCAGGCGGGGGCUGUUGCCGGGGGCAACGGUGCCGGGGCAGGUCCCUCGGACAGCCCCGGGUCGCAGAAGAAAGGGGGCGGGGCCGGCAGCAGCGUGAUUGACAGGAUCAAGUCCCCCGGCACGGUGCGGCGGCUCUCGCUGAAGAUGCGGAAGCUUCCGGAGCUGCGGCGGAAGCUGAGCCUGCGGUCCUCCCGAACCCAGCGCCCCGGGGCGGGCCAGACCCCCGCCGGCGACGGCUCCCACGGGACGUCCCCCUCCAACUCGCGCAAGGAGUCCUCCAACAACGUGAUCAGCCGCUACCACCUGGACACCAGCGCCCCCGCCCGGCCCCUGCGCCGCUCGUCCCGGGGGCGGUCCGCCAGCAAGGGGGGCUACCUGAGCGACGGGGACUCCCCCGAGCUCCUCCCCAAACAGGGGGCGGCGCCCUCGGCCGAGACGGCGGCCACGCCCGCCCCGCCCCCCCACUCCGGCGGGGAGGCGGUGCCGGACCCCGCCGCGUUCCGGCCGUACUGCCUGUCGGAGCAGCCGCGCUGUGCCCAGCGCGUUUCGGGCCUGCUGAUGGUGCACCUCAUGGGGGCCGAGGAGAUCCUGAAGGCCCCCCGGGCCGACGGCGGCAAGGAGGUGUUCUGCGCCAUCCAGGUGGACGGGCUGACCCGCGCGCGCACCGCCCUGCUCACCUGCCGCGGCCCCUCCCUCCCCCUCAACCACACCUUCAACCUGGAGCUGGAGCGCUCGCGGCUGCUCAAACUGGUGCUGCUCACCCCCCACCCCAACUCCAGCGUGUCCCCGUCCGCCGCCGCGCCCGCCCGGAACCGCGUCUGCGGCCUGGGGGAGGUCGCCAUCCCGCCGCUCUUCAGAAGCUCUCGCUCCCAGCAGCUCUGUGUAAAGCUGGAGCCGCGCGGGCUGCUGUACGUGAAGCUCACGCUGCUGGAGCAGUGGGACCCGCCCUCCCCCAGCCAGAGCGCCCUGCAGCCCGCCAGCGUCUUCGGCGUGGGACUGCGCCGCCUGGUGGACAAGGAGGGCUCUGCGCUCAAGGUGCCCCUCAUCAUACAGAAGUGUGUGGCUGAGAUCGAGAAGAGAGGGCUGAAGGUGGUGGGCCUGUAUCGCCUGUGCGGCUCGGCGGCGGUGAAGAAGGAGCUGAGGGACGCGUUCGAGCGCGACAGCGGCGCGGUCGCCCUGACCGAAGAGCUGUACCCCGACAUCAACGUCAUCACCGGCAUCUUGAAAGACUACCUGCGUGAGCUGCCGUCCCCGCUCAUCACGAGGACCCUGUACGAGGUGGUGCUGGAGGCCAUGACCCUGCGACCGCCCCGUGCUGCCCCCUGUGGAAGCAAUGGGGAAGUGCAGCGAUCCCACAGUACCGUGUCCCUGCUGGAGUGUCUCCCAGAACCAGAGAAGGCCACUCUCGCCCUUCUCCUGGACCACCUCAGCCUGGUGGCGUCCUUCAGCGACAGCAACCGCAUGACGUGUCAGAACCUGGCGGUGUGCUUCGGCCCCGUGCUGCUCACCCCCACCCAGGAGUCCUGGCGGCCGAGGCCCCCCGGGGCCCACGCCGCGGGCGGGGCCCAGCGGGGGGGCCGCAGUUUCACCGACAGCGAGGAGAUCGCCAGCGCGGUGGACUUCAAGAGGCACAUCGAGGCUCUGCACUACCUGCUGCAGCUCUGGCCCAUUCCCACAGGUCAUGACACAGAAGAGGGUCUAAACCCAGACUCCGUCUCCGAACAGCCUCCCUCCCCUGCCCUGCGCGUGUCCCAUAAUGCCCUGCAGCACCGGGGGCAGCGCCUGCCCCUGCGCCUGGACCUGCCCCAGGACGUGGUGGUGUCCCGGCGAGGGCGGGGCCGUCUGGAGAGCCCCCCUUGCAACCGGUACGCGGGCGACUGGAGCGUCUGCGGGCGGGACUUCCUGUCCAGCGCCGAGGCGGACUACGACGAGGUGGCGGGGAGCGACAGCGAGGAAGAGGAGGCCCGGGAGCCCCUGAAGAAGAGCGAGUGGGCCCCCCCGGGACCCCUGUACGUGGACGAGUUCGCGCUGGGCCCCGAGGCCCUGGACCUGGACCUGGACGCCCCCUUCACCUGUCGGCUCAGUCUGAAGGACUUUGACACGCUUAUUUCUGACCUGGAGCGCGAGCUCUCCAAGCAGAUCAACAUCUGCCUCUGAGGCAGCGGCGGACAGGGGAGGGGAGAUGGUGGCACAGGGAGGGGGUAAGAGACAGUGGUUAUAACCACCCCCCACCCCCCACCCCCAUCCCCCAUGACAGAGGAAAAAGCCAGACAGAUUGUAAUCCAAAAAUCCAAAGGCUUUCUCUGAAAUGCCAAUUACUUGUUGAAGAAGUGACUAAAGAACAGACGAGGGGCAAUGAUAUUUGCCUUUAUUUUAUUACUUAUGUAUUCCACACACACACACACACACACUCGCACACACACUCACACUCACACACAUACUCACAUACUCAAACUCACACACACAUACACACACAAACUCACACAUACACAUUCACAGACAUCAUGAGGCUAGCCCCUGAAUACCUAAUUCCAGAAGUAUGUCUUUCAGUAUCAUUUAUUUCAUGAUGACAAGGGCAUUCCUUAAAUCUGGGCACAUUUCUGAAUUUUCGAACGAGCUCUUUAAAAAAAACUGGUGCGGUGACAGCUCACCACCGUGACGUAUGCAUGGCAGAUGCAAAGCAGAUGCAUUGACUUGGUGCGCCAUAUUCUUCUGCUUUUAAGGCACAAAGAGCUCGUUUACAUUUUUCAAGCAAAGGGUUUCUUUAAUUUUAAAGUCUGUUAAAAGGUUAAAGUCUGUUCGCUCGUUUGUAGAAUUGUGUUUGGCUCACAUGACACUGCAAGAGAAUGUGAAAAAUGGCAGGACAGCAUUCAGUCCUGUCCUGUUGGAAGGAAUUUCAGUCAAAAGGAACGUUUCCUUUCCUUGUAGCUUAAAUUUUAAUGACUUUUUUAAGGAGGAGUAAAUAAAUUUUACUUAAUAUUGUAGAGAGUCAUAACACAUAAACAUACAUUACAGUAUUAGCCCAAUGUGUACACAUACAUACACACACACACAUACACACACAAAAGCUGCCAGAUGACAUGGACACUCAGAACACACAC